AUGGUAGACUACACCUACUACAGCUCAUCUGCCUCCAAAGGCUUCACCUUCCUGAUACCGUACCAUGUCCAAGCCAACUUCGUCAGCUUAACGAAGAAGCUACCUCCCACCGCCCGCCCCGUGUACCGCGAGUAUUUUGGCGACAUCAUGGCAUGUCGAGAUCGAGCUCGAGACUCCGCCGAGGCGAUGCAAACGUUCGUGAACGAGAGCUUUCCGCGUAUUUCGAAGGACCAUAAUCGAUUAGCGAAUUUGAUGAAUGCGGAGAUCGAUAAGCAGAGGAAAGAGGUGUCGGUCAAGAUACCAAUCACGGGAGAUGGGACGGCGGCUGAAGACGACGAGGACGAUAAACCGGUAACACAGUCGCGUGAAGGGAAGCAGAACGUCGCUACUCCAGGCAAAAAUGUAACAUCGGAAGCUGUGUCAGAGGCCGCCGCGGAGGCGACAGUGCGCGAAGAUUCCCCGGAAGCGGCCCCUCCUCUGACCAUGGCGAAUACGAAGCUUGUUCGGCCAACCCUGCGUCAGGGCCCCGCGGCAUCGUCGGCUUCUCCAACCGGUAUAAACAGCGAACAAUCCGAGGCAGACGAAGAAGACAGCGAGUUGAGCGUGAUAUUUGUCGACACAUCAGAGCCCUGGAACGACUCGCUCUGGCCACACGGGACCUGGAUCGAUGGUCUAGAAGUCAUCGACGCGCUUCCAUGGGCGCACCCGAGCCGACCUGAACGCAUUGCCCCGGACGCUCAGUCUCCCCACGACGAGCCACAGCAUGCUGCGGCUAAUCCUCAUUCCUCUUAA